CGCAUGCGUCGCUCCUGUCAAAUGCGCGCUCUUAUUAUAAAAGGAUAAAUGGAUUUUUAUAUUAAAUAAUUAAAGAAAGUGAAAUACAAUAUGAAGAGAUAGUACCUAUUGUUUGUGAUAAUUAUUUUGUACUGUUUAUUUGAUUGUGAUAAUGAGUUGGAUCAUUUUAUAUCUGUUCUUUGUGUCCCUUCACAAGGGAAUUUCUGCAUCCCUUGCUGACCAAAUGGCAGAGAUGACGCAGCAGUGCUGCGAGCAGGGCACAGCGCACGCGCGGACUCACAGGGGCAAUGACUGUCCGUCAGCAAUGCCCCCAGGCGUGCACCCAAUGUUCAAUACUCUGUGUACUUAUGCUAUGGACCAGUGCUGCAAAGAACAUUACAAAAAAAAGGAGGCGUGUGAAAGCGGGAUAGAUGUAGCAACGAGUAAGCGAGAUUGUAGCUCUACUGUGGAUUCCGCGAGGAGAUGUUGCGACGAGUGUCUCAAGGGUUCAGCGGUUGGUGUAUCUCGCGGCGGCAGCGCAUGUGUUACGGACACGCGAGGAUUGAGCGGCGACCAGCUGCUGGCAGGAAACGCUUUCAAUACAUGCUGUCAGAAAUCAGCAAGUAAAUCGGUCAAAACGGAUACUGUAACACGUCGACCUGGUGACGCUAUUGUUACGAGAAAACCUUUAGAAGACGAGCUGACAUCAGUUUGUGAUGAUUUCGCGCCAAAUGAGCUUUGCGCUCACCACUGCAUACCAAUACCGGGGUCAUACAAAUGUGAAUGUAAUCCCGGUUUUAGGUUGAUGGCUGAUAAAAAAAAUUGUAUGGAGGUGGAGAAGAACAGAUGCAAGCCACACAAUCCUUGUCAACACAAAUGCAAUGACAAUGGAGUCUCUGUGCUUUGCUCUUGCAGACGAGGUUACCAACUCAUGGCUGAUGGCAAGUCGUGUGAAGAUAUAGAUGAAUGUCUCCUGAAUCCACCUGUAUGUCUGCCAAACACACAAUGCGUUAAUAUACAAGGUUCAUAUAAAUGCAUCCUUAAGAAGACAAACAAUGUAGAGAAAGGACAGUGCCCGCCUGGCUUCUCUAGGAAUUUACUAAACAACGCCUGUGACGAUAUAAACGAAUGUAAGUUACCUCAACCACCUUGCCCUUCGUACUUAUGCGAGAACACAGUAGGUGCUUACAAAUGUGGAGGAAUCAAAGGAGAUCCAGCGAGUUUGCCAAAAAAACAUUCAACAACAGAAGAUCAGUGUCCGCCUGGUUUUAAAAGUAGUGGAAUUGAUGAUUGUGAAGAUAUAGACGAAUGCGCAAUUCAAAAAGACGAUUGCAAUAAAAUAUCACAAUUCUGUAUAAACACGAAAGGUUCCUUUUACUGUCAGGAUAAAGUUUCUAAGCACUGCCCACCCGGUUUCAAAAACGAUCCUGUCACUAAUAAGUGUGAAGAUAUUAACGAGUGCGAAGAAGAGGAAGAUAUUUGUAAACCUAAUCAAGUUUGUAUUAAUUUGCCUGGUGAAUAUAAUUGUAAAUCUGUACCUGAAAUAUCCAGUAACGGGGUAAAACAGAAAUGCGCCGAUGGUUUACGUUACAGCGCCGAGUUCCAUGGUUGUGUAGAUAUUGACGAAUGUGCGGAAGGCAUUCACAUAUGUGAUCAGUACCAAACCUGUCACAAUACAUUCGGGAGUCAUGAAUGUCAUUGCAAUGUUGGUUUCGAACUUGACACAACAACAGGCGCUUGUGUAGAUAUAAAUGAAUGUGCCACCGAACAAAAUGACUGCAUCGCUCAAUCACAGCGCUGUGAUAAUACUGUUGGCUCUUAUCUCUGCGUGAGGUUCAUAUCUUGUGGCACCGGGUAUAUCUUGCAUCAUUCGUCCAGCAAAUGUGAAGAUAUUGACGAGUGUGCUCUGGGUACUCACAAUUGCGGCCGCGCUGGCCCUGAGUACCGCUGCCACAACAUCCCAGGCUCCUUCCGCUGCGUACGAAGGGCUACCACUACAACGUCGACAGCUGCACCUGAAUACGACUAUGAGUACUAUGAUUCUGAAGAGGAAAUUGUAGACGAUAACAAAAACAAUUCAAACCCCAGUCCUGACAAUCAACCUAAACUAGACCAAACAUCAACUAAAUCUAGUUCAACAACUAGCGAAUCUCCUAAGGAAACAACAACUUCUAAACCUCCUGAAAUAAAGACUACAUUACAUCCAGAUAUUGACAUAGAUAAACCUGCAGAAAUUCCAAUUGAUCAUACACAAGACGAAGAUCUGAAUAAUAAUAUUUAUACCAUAGACAAUGACAAAAAUGUACCUAAUCCAGAGCCAUCACAACCUGAGAUCACAAAAGAGUCUGUGCCAACAUCAAGUGAAUCAAUAUACAGAAUUGAAUACACGACAACGGAACAUCCAAGAAAAGCUGAAUUCACCCCAGUGCCUUCUGAACCUAAGUCCACAGAUGGUGAAGAUGAAAUUUCUUACAUUCCAAUCGAUGAAAGACCAGCAGGACCAAAACGAACAGAAAGUACAGAACAACCUGGACCUAAAUAUGAUUUAGAUCCAGUAAAUAAAUUACCAGCUGAAUUGCCACAUAGUAAACCAUUAGAUCCAAAAGAUAACGAAAUAGAUACAUAUGAAACCAUAACAAAAGCUACACAACCUACAUCUCCUCAAGUUGUGUUUGUUGAAGUAGGCAAAGAAACAGCGACAGUAAGAGGUGAACAAACUCCAGAUGGAUCAGUAAUUGUUGACACCAAUGAGGUUCCAACUAACGAAUGGACCAAAAUAAAUGCUAAGCCAAUCGAUUGCCAAUUUGGCUUCGAAAGAGACGAGUAUGGUGCUUGUUAUGAUAUUGAUGAAUGUGCCACAAAUCGUCACAUCUGCUCGGGUCUAACGGAAAUUUGUCGGAAUACCAUGGGAGGGUACCUAUGCGAUUGCGCUGCCGGGUUCCGAAGGGAUUUUGCUUCGAAGACCUGCGUAUUUAUUACUUGGCCUACCUCAACGGCGGCAUCUACACCUACGACGUCAACAACUACUACCCCGAUUCCACCUCCUCCUCCUCCACCGCCACCUACGUUACCGCCAAUGCCACCUCCAACAUUACCGCCAACACCUCCCUCAACUUUACCACCGACACCUUCUCCUACUUUGCCAACAACUUUGUCGUCAACACCUUCCCCAACAACAACUCCUCCGCCAACGAUUCCUUCAACAGUAACAACUCCCCCGCCAACGCCUCCCCCAACAGUCCCAAUAACACCCCCGCCAAUACCUUCCUCACCAUUGCCAACUACUCCUCCUACACCUCCUCCUACAACUGAACGAAAAGUUUUCUGGGGCUACCCGAUCCGACCAUUCACAACGAGGCCAUUUAAACCGAGAAACAUCUGUGAAAUGGGAUAUCAUUUUAACACAAGCACUGGGACAUGUGAAGAUAUAAACGAAUGUACAAACGGACAAGCGAACUGUGCAACGGUAGAGAUAUGUGUUAACACAGAAGGAGGUUACCGUUGUGAGUGCCCACCAAACUGGGAACUGGAUAGUAGAAGACAACGUUGUAUCCCCAUCAGAAAUAACCAACAUUUUCCUCAAGGAUAUGGUAACGAACCCACAUAUAAUGCAGUUGGUCCUAUACAUUAUGGUACAACAGUCCGACCAUCUAAACCUGAAGUGACUGUAGAGGACAGGGUAAAUAAGUGCCCCGCAGGAUACGAAGUUGGAGAUGAUAAUUUAUGUCAUGAUGUAGACGAAUGUUUAACUGGUGAAGCGAAGUGUGGAUUUAUGCAACUGUGUACAAAUUUACCUGGCGGGUACACUUGCAGCUGUCCAACAGGGUAUACCCUGGUCGGUGACCACGAAUGUGAAGAUGUUGACGAAUGUGCAAUCGCAGGGAGUAUUCCUGUCUGCUCCCAAAACGCUGACUGUAUCAACACAUUAGGAUCAUAUCAAUGUCGUUGCCAUCCAGGGUUCAGGGCCGCUCCUCGGAAUGAUAAGGUGUGCAUAGACGUGGAUGAGUGUGUGGAGAACAGAGCGGGGUCACUAUGCCAGCAGCGCUGCAAUAACGUGUGGGGUGGUUACCGCUGCUCCUGCCACCGCGGGUACCGGCUUAGCCACGACAACAGUUCAUGUACCGAUGUAGAUGAAUGUGUAGAAUUCAAGUCUAGACAUCUGUGUGAUGGGAAAUGUCUGAACGAGCCGGGAUCCUAUCGUUGUUCCUGUCCAAAAGGUUACAGAUUAUCCGAGGAUAAGAGGAGUUGUAUCGAUAUUGACGAGUGUGAGACUGGAGAGGCGCCGUGUGCAAGGAGUAGUCCAUAUGCCGUCACUAGUGACAUCUGCGUUAACAUGCGCGGUGGUUACCACUGCCACCGCAUUAUCUGUCCGCCGGGGUACAAGAUUGAAAGUCGACAUCGCUGCACUAAGAUUGAUGCGACAUGCGCACCCUCUGACCGCAACUGCACGCACCAACCGUCAACUUACUCGUAUAACUUUAUCACGUUCGUCUCUAAACUCUACAUUCCUGAUCCAAGUGUGGAUUUAUUCACAAUGAAAGGACCCGUCUGGCCGACUGCUAGGAUGAGGUUUGAACUCAAACUGGUCGAAGUGAAUGCUCCUCCGACUGUCAAAGAACGAGCUGAUAUAAAUUCUUUUAUGCUUCUGCAAAGAGGUAAUAACCAAGGCGUCAUAACUCUGGUUAAAUCUCUAGAAGGACCACAGAGUAUUGAACUAGAAUUGUCUAUGGAACUUUACAAUAGAGGGCAAUUCGCUGGUAUAGCUGUUGCAAAACUGUACAUAUAUGUAUCGGAAUAUGAGUUCUAAAUGUAUUAGCUUAAGGUACAUUAUUAAAUAAAAGUAUUAAAGUACUAAGUGACUUGUUAUAAGAAAUACAUCGAUAAGGACGCCAUACACGAGCAGCUUUGAACGGCUCGUUUUAGCGAAAUACACGUACGUACGUAUGUACGGUGUAUGGCAGACAAUGCAACUGCCGAAUGUUUAAAGCUGUCCGUGUAGUCUUUGUUUUCUAUUGAAAACAUGUAAUUUUUUUAAUAUAUUUUGCGUGUAAACAUUUUUAUGCUUGAGUAUAUUUUUAUGAUCCUUUUU